UUUAACAUCAAUCGAGUGUAGGACUGUGUUGAAACUGUAUGAGCAGCGUGACGUUAAAGUUACGUGUGGUUUGGGCAGGGAGAUGACCAAGCGAGUGGCCGUCAUUGGCGCCGGCUGCACGGGUCUGGCAGCCGUCAAGUGCUGCCUGGAGGAAGGUCUGGAACCCGUCUGUUUCGAGUCCUCGUCUGAUGUGGGCGGUCUGUGGCGGUUCACGGAAAACGUCACCGAUUCGCGUGGUUGCGUCAUGAAGACGACCGUCAUCAACACGAGCAAGGAAAUGAUGUCAUUCAGCGACUUCCCGGCGCCGAGGGAGUUCCCGAACUUUAUGCACCACUCCAAGGUGUUGGAAUAUUACCGGCUCUACGCGGACAGGUUCAACCUGUUGACGUACAUCAACUUCAACACGCAAGUCAUCUCCAUCAAGCCCAACUUGGCAACAAAACAACCCCACCGUCACAACACGCCAAUGGCCGGCGGUAAACAGACCAGUAGCCAGAUUUUAAGCCCUGAAGCAGCCAAACAAAUAAAGCGCAAACAGCACUCGGCCACAUCUAAAACAGACGACAUCAGAUUAUGGGAAGUGGAAAUACAAGACCAUCUGGCAACAAGAAAAGAGUAUUUUGAUUUUGUUUUGAUUUGUACUGGUCACCAUGCUGAUGUACAUAUGCCAUACUUUCCAGGCCAGGCAAUAUUUCAAGGUAAAAUUGUGCACUCAAGGGACUUAAGGGACGCGGAUCAAGUUUCCGGAACGCGUCAUGUGGUAGUCGGAAUAGGAAAUUCCGGCUGCGAUGCCGCGGUUGAGCUUAGCAGGCAUGGCCAGGUGUUUCUGAGCACGAGACGUGGCACCUGGCUCAUGCACAGACUGCUGGGGCGGGGUCUCCCAGCCGACAUCUCCUACAUGAGUCGGUUCAUCUUCGCCACGGCCUUGAGUCUCCCACAUUUCAUGCUGAACAAACUGGCAAGUUGGAACUUGGACCAAAAAGUAGACCACACUUUAUAUGGCCUUCGUCCAAAACACGGACCUUUCGCCACACACCCAACUGUCAACGACGAGUUGCCAAAUAGAAUCGCGUCUGGUCACGUGGUUAUAAAAACCAACAUCGAAUCGUUCACCGCCACAGGGAUUCAUUUUGAAGAUGGAUCCGUUGAGGAAAACAUCGAUACUGUCGUCAUGGCAACCGGCUACAGAAUCGGAUUUCCAUUUUUGGACGAAUCAGUGAUGAAAGUUGAAGGCAACCACACCCAGCUGUACCUGCAUAUGUUUCCACCGUCCACCCACCCACCCAGCCUCGCUGUGAUCGGAUGUGUUCAGCCAGGGGGCGCUAUAGGUCCGAUUUCAGAAAUGCAGUGUCGUUUGGCAGCCAGGGUGUUUAAGGGUGAAUUAGAGUUACCUGCCCAGAAAGAAAUGAUCAAAGAUAUUACCAAAGAGAGAGAACUCUUACUGAAGCGAUUCAUCAAAACACAACGUCACACUGUGCAGGUGGAUUAUGUGCCCUACAUGGACAGACUGGCCAACUUGAUUGGAUGCAAACCAAAAUGGGGUGCAUUGCUCAGCUCUGAUCCAUACCUGGCGCUGGUUUGCAUAUUUGGGCCAUGCACGUCGUACCAGUACAGACUAUUUGGGCCGGGGACAUGGCCAGGUGCUAGAGACGCCAUCUUGACCCAGAUGGAGAGGGUCAGAUUUCCAUUCCACUCUAAGAGACUUGAGAACCAAAACUGUUUGGGUAUCAGUGCAGCAAUUGUUGGCACAUUACUGUUGGGGUGUUUAGUGGUUGCAUGUGGUUGCAACAUUGCUGUUGGCAGUAUCAAGAGGUUCAACUUUUAG